UCUCAGACCUCAGACCGUUCGCGCAGCCGAAGCGGCCAAGACCAAGAGCACGCAGCAGUGUCGGUGUAGCGUAGCACGGGGCGCACUCUCGCGGUGGUUCGCGCGCACCUGGAUUGCACAUCACCUGGUGUCCUUAUUGUGUUUAAUUGGAGCGUGUUUGCUGUUAUUAGAUUGUUUCUACUAAUUACUGUUAACACAUUUUGGAAAAACUGGAUACCCCACCCAUAAAAUGGAAGUGGCACAAACCCCCUCGAAUGGUGGCAUGCCCCCACCCUUUCACGAUCACGACGUGCGCGAAUGGUCGACCUUGGACAGCCUGACAGGUGUCCUUGAAAGGGCCAGAAUUGAGACCGACCAUUGGGCAGCCAACACCGUCAAUUCCAGCCACAAAUAUGGCAAGGUAGUUGACUCGCGGGCCAGGACGGACCUGGACGGCGCCCUUCGUCAGCAGGCUAGGAGACAGCUCGAGGUCUUUCAGAGUCACGUGCCAGGGGUGCAGCUGCAGGUCAUCAAGUCUCAGAGCGUGAGCAGCAGCCGCUGGACCAACAAGAGGUUGGAGGAGGCCAAGGGCGGGGACUUCGAAGGGUUGCAGAUUCCCUCGAACCAGCUGGACCUCAGUUUCCAAAAAUCCAAGGCUGUCAUCGGAAGGAGCGCCUCUAGACGUCCUCCGACCAGGAUCAAGAACAAGGAUGACGCGGUAGAGCCCGAUCGUCAAACCAACCUGCACAGAGUCACGCGUCUUUGCCACCAGAUCCACGAGAACGCUGUCAAGCAAGCCUUCGGGAGUUUUGGCACCAGAUCGCCCAUCGAGGAUAGGCUGAAGAUAAGCAACGACGAUACGAAAACGCCUACGAACGGACACACUAACUUACUAAGGACUAAAAGCAGCAGUAGCGAAGAUUUCCUAAUCAACUUGAACAAGGAUAAAUCGACGAAAAGUAUUGAGGAUUUGGAGGACCUUGAGCACCUACAGACCUGGAGAAGGACAUCAAAGAUACGCAGGUCGUUGCAGUACCCCAAACAGGAUAAACCUUCCACCAGCAAGCCCUUAGACCUUCCAGAAACCUCGGUUAACGUCAGGAAGAUCACUGAAGACUUCGAGAAAGGUAGGAGACUCAGCACGGCUUUGAGAGGAAACAACAUAGACCUCCAAGCCUUGGACCAAAUCCUACAAACCAUCUCCAGCUCUGGCAGUGAUAAAACUUCAAUCGCAGACGAAGACGCUGAUACUUCCAAAAGAAACAGUCUCCAGUCCAAGCGGAACUCGUUUGUAACUGUUGAAAGCAUACAAGCAAUCAAAGGAAGACUCAGACGAACCAGUUCUCCAGACAAAGACCUGUUCCAAAUCACCAAGGAUCAAGAUAUAGACGACGGUAUUGUAACGGAAGAUACCACGUCGAAAUCUGAUGAAAAAAUGAUAGAUUCCAGUAGAUUAACUGGUCAAUCAAAGGUCAAAUCCUACGUGUUUGGUAUGGACUACAAGAAACCAAUCUUGGGGACCGGAAGCCUGGAAUCCAGGUCUAAAAUGCUCAACGGAACGACCAACAGAAGCGAGGAUUGGUACAACAGAAGGAAGUCGUACGGUUUUGAACCGGUACAGAACCAAAACGAGACCAUAUCCCCGAAUAAGAAGCUGGUGGAGUCUUCGACAGACAGUGGCAUCUGCAGAUCUAGUGAAGUGAUAAUCAUACCUUCCGUUAUAAAAACCCAUCUAGGGGAUAACAACAGUGUCGACGCGGAAAAAGACGUAGGAUUCGGUAACGUGAGACGAAUCAGUUCCCUAUUCGACAAAUCGAAAGAGUUCAAUUCUUCUUGGACCAAGAAGAAUAAAGAAAACGAUUGGAGUUUGAAUACAGGCAUCACCAUCAAGAUCCCCAUUGUGUCCGGUGGCUGGAACCAAGACCAGGAGGUGAAACGACACUCUAUCGCCGUGGACGAGACCAAGUACGUGUCCAAGAGCAACAUCGGGAACGAGACGCGUAGAACCAGCUUGGUGAUAAACGAUAAGUUCCUAAACGCGCCGGAUACAAGUGACAGUGAUUUUUCCGGGCUUGGCAAGAAGUCCAAGAAGGUGGAGUUUUGCAAGACGGAGGUGCACUUUGCGGCUGAGUCGGGGAAAGUUAAUAUCGUAGAGACGGACGAGAAACCACCACCCACGCAGAACUUUAGGAGGAGGAGAAGAAACCCUGGAUACCUGAACGAUUUCAACAGGAACGGCUUGCCUGUUCUUCAUUUUGGAGAGAACUACGUGGAGAAGAGUCUUUUCGGUAACGACAAUAACAACCAACCCUACGGAGAAGAUGUCACAAGCGGCGAAGAAACAGAACACAGAACAUCCCAAACCCACGGAGUGGUCACGGUGAACUCCGACUUCAACAGCCUUGGAGCCUUCGAAGACGACAGAAGAGAUUCAGGUGACAACGAAAGCAUCAAAGGCAUCCUCAAAAACAAGAUGGUAAAACCCAAACCCUACCAUCUAGGCGAGAACCCUAUGGACUUCAAUUUCUUCGACGAAGAGAACAAGAGUUGGGACCUGCAGAAAUAUCCGGAGAAGGACCCGCCCAUCUGGAAAUCAACAGUGACAGUCAGCAGUACUCUGUUUGACAACAGGGCUAGCGAAAGCAGCUCCAUCUUGAACAAUCAGCCUGAUCUGAUAAAGGACCAGUUGAAGAGGUUGGCCGACUACCAGAAGGAUUUCAGGAAGACGGAGCCCUUUCUUUCUGUGGCUGAUAGGAUAAGGAGCAUGGAGGAAAGCCAGAAGGUGGAAAACGGUCAUAAGGGGUUUUCCACAAGGGUCAAUAUUGGAGAGGGACAAGCAGUUGUUGUGCAGAACAGCUCGUUGAACAAACAGGAUGUUUUCAAUGAGCCGGUAAAAUUGGAGCCUAAAGAACCGAAACAGAUACUCAAGAAGGGCCUAGUGGUCAGGAUAGGACGAGAAAACUCCACCUCCAAGCACAUGUUAUGCUCCAAGACCACGACAACGAACGAAAACUCUUCAAACACGACAACCACAACAAAAAUAACCAUAGAUCUCUCACCAACCGAAGAAGAAGAGCGCCAUCCAGCCUUCUACGAAGCCAAAACAAACGGAUCUCAUAGUUUUAAGUCCACGUCUUUAAUCCUGAACACCAUAAAGUGCCAGAACGAACCAGAGAGGCUGGAGAAUCCCACCAAGUGCCAGAAUGUACCAGAGAGGCUGGAGAACACCAUCAAGAGCCAGAACUGUCUGGAGAAGAUCCCCAACCGAAUGCCGCAGCAGCUGGAGGCGCUGAAGAGGUUGUACGAAGAGGAGGAGAAUAGUGACAGCGACGCUGACAAAGAGGUGCAACUUUUGACCAGUAGGAUAACAGAAAGGAGGAGGCUAGAGGAAGAUGCAGGAAGUAGCGUUGUUUCUGGGAGUUGGGGUCGGAUGAGAGCCUAUAGGAAUGUCCUGGACAAGUCUAAUCAUAAGAAGGCUAGAGAUGUUAGUUCGAGUAAAAGUUCACUUGCACAAAUAGAAAAAGAAAGCAAACUCCACGACAGAUCAGAAGCCAUAACCAAUCCAGAAGAACCAGUUAGAAUCAAGGCGGAGAUCAAAAGUAGAAAGUACUCUCCAAUAGUCCUAAGAAAGCACCCAAUUGUGAUAAAAACGGCAGAGCUGAAGUCUGCAAAUCCUUCCGAUAAACUUUCCAGUCCUCUCCUAGUUGGUAGAAGCUCAAAUAUAGAAACGAACAGAGAAAGAAUACGAUUGCUCGACGUGAACCUGACCAAAACAGAACCUGAACCUAAAACAACCCUAAAUGUGAGUACUAACUCGGAGGAAAACCACCAGAAUGGUUUCCUUAGGAACGAGAAGGUCUUAAGACAGCCUAAGAAGUCGGAGAUGGCCUACUUUGGCGUUCCUAUGAGGUCCCAAACGGAUAGACUGAAGAACGAAACACCUAGGAGGGAAUUCAAGGUUAACAACAACAAAACAUCACCUACUAAAACAAAUAAGACAGUUUCUACAAGGACUGAGUCCCCUUUAUACCAGAAUAUUCCUCCAUCUCCCAAUGAGGAGUCCAAAUCAAGCUCAAAAUUCGAUAGUUGUAUCCUAGAAGAACUGACGAAAGCUGCAGAUGAGAUACUCCAAGCUGUGAAGGAGUACAGCGAAGAAGAAUCGAGAAAACAGGCUGAGAAAGAAGAAACUAAAACAGAACUGAGUACAAUAACGGAAAAUAAGGCUUGGAAGCAGGAUAAGGCGAAGAAACCGAUUGAAAGACCUUGCAAGUCAAGAUUAAAAAACGCUUCUUCCAAUUCUUCACUAGAAGCUUCUCCUAAAGACUCUAAACCUACCCAUAGGUACAUCGCCAAUACCAAGGCUAGUGCAGAUAAGAUUAAGACUAGGACUAGCAGUAGUGAAUCCAGUGGAAUGAAAGCCACGACCAAAGCUAGGAGGUUGCAGAGGGCCAGUAGUAGAGAGGCUCUAUUGCAGUCGCAUGGUAGUUCUUCAGAAGAUUUGGCUGCCAACGAAGUGCCGCUGAGAAAGCCUAGGUUGGUUAGGAAGACGAAAACCACUCAGUUGAGUAUGACCAAUGGGAUGGAGAUCAGUAAGAAGGGUACAGUUGCCACCAACGCCAAGAGAAAGAUCGACACAAGUGCCAAGAUAAAAACUGAAGAAAGACUUCCUGGGGCUCUUCCAGAAAUCCGUCAUAAAACAGCCGUAUCAACGAUUAGAAGUACAGCUGAAAGAACAGCCAGAGACAGGAGUAAACACAGAGAAGAUGUCAAGAAGAAGAUGCCACAGUAUAAGGAAACAGUCAAAGCUUCUUCUUCGCCGUUGACUCCUGUUAAAAACAAAAGAGAGACUGUGACCCACCGUUUAGCUACUGCGUACGUACCUGCUUGUAGCCCUAGACAUCGAAACACGCAUAUUCAUGACUACUAUCAAAGUCAGGAUCAGUGUCCAUGUUUGUGUUCUUGACGAACUAUGUUAGGAAUAUCAAGAAAUAUCGUCCAGAUAAACACUGAAAAUGGUCUUCAGGGUCGUUCAAAGUAUUCUCUGCCGGAAAAUAAAUAUUAGUUAGUAAGUUCCUAAAUAUCUUUAAAAUUAAUUUCCCCUGAUCUAUAGAAAUAUAUAAGAUUUACUUUAUAUGAAAAUGAUAACACGAAUGUACAUUACUAUUUGCUUUCCUGUUAAUUAAAUUAACAUUUAGUUAAUUUUAUUAUAUAAUUUAUUUUUAACUCUCAUGAAUAUUGUGAUCUGCUUUGGUUUUGUGAUCUUUUUUUCGUCGAAUAAUAAACUUUUACAAGGAA